CGGGCUACAGCUGCGGGAGGGAGGGAGCGAGAGAGCGGCCGGUACCCAGCGCAGUGACAUGGCUCAGAAAUACGACGUGGUCGUGAUCGGGGGCGGCAUCUCAGGUCUCUCAGCAGCCAAACUGCUGACUGAGUCAGGCUUGAAUGUGGUGUUGCUGGAAGCCAAUGAUAGGGUUGGUGGAAGAACUUUCACUGUAAGGAAUAAGCAAGUUAAAUAUGUGGACCUUGGAGGAGCUUAUGUGGGACCAACACAAAAUCGUCUCCUGCGAUUAUCUAAAGAAUUAGGAAUAGAGACGUAUAAAGUGAACGAAGUGGAGCACCUGAUACAUCAUGUCAAGGGUAAGUCUUAUCCCUUCAAAGGUCCAUUCCCUCCUAUGUGGAAUCCAUUGGCCUACCUGGACUACAACAACUUGUGGAGGACCAUGGAUGAAAUGGGGAAGGAGAUUCCCAGUGAAGCCCCAUGGAAGGCUCCACAUGCAGAAGAAUGGGACAAAAUGACUAUGCAAGAUUUCAUAAAUAAAAUUUGCUGGACAAAUGCUGCCAAGAGUUUUGCAACUCUGUUUGUGAACGUGGAUGUUACUUCUGAGCCCCAUGAGGUCUCUGCCCUCUGGUUUUUGUGGUAUGUGAAGCAGUGUGGAGGGACAGCAAGGAUAUUCUCAACGACCAAUGGAGGACAGGAGAGGAAGUUUGUUGGAGGCACUAGCCAGAUCAGUGAGAAAAUAAUGGAGCGCCUGGGAGGCCGGGUGAGGCUGAGGAAGCCAGUCAUCCGUAUUGAUCAGUCGGGUGAAAGUGUUGUAGUGGAAACCUUAGAUCGUGAAUUAUAUGAGGGCAAGUAUGUGAUCAGUGCCAUUCCCCCAGCUCUUGGUUUGAAGAUUCAUUUCAACCCACCUUUGCCCCCAAUGAGAAACCAGCUCAUCAACCGAAUCCCUAUGGGCUCAGUCAUCAAGUGCAUCGUGUACUAUAAGGAAACUUUCUGGAGGAAGAAGGGUUAUUGUGGUACCAUGAUCAUUGAAGAUGAGGAUGCUGCAAUUGGUUUAACACUUGAUGAUACUAAGCCUGAUGGCAGCUUUCCUGCCAUAAUAGGCUUCAUCCUUGCUCGGAAGUGUAGAAGACUGACAGGUCUCACAAAAGAAGAAAGGAAGACAAGGCUUUGUGAGCUCUAUGCAAAGGUUCUGGGAUCAGAUGAAGCUCUACAUCCAGUACAUUAUGAAGAGAAGAACUGGUGUGAAGAGCAGUACUCUGGGGGCUGCUACACAGCCUACUUCCCACCAGGCAUAAUGACUCAGUAUGGAAGGAUUAUUCGGCAGCCAGUUGGUAGGAUCUAUUUUGCUGGCACAGAGACCGCUACAGAGUGGAGUGGAUACAUGGAGGGGGCUGUGCAGGCUGGAGAAAGAGCAGCCAGAGAGAUACUGUUUGCUAUGAGGAGAAUCCCAGAGAGUGAAAUUUGGAAGCCAGAACCUGAAUCAAUUGAUGUUCCAGCUUUGCCCAUCACUACAACCUUCUGGGAGAGGAACUUGCCAUCUGUGCCAGGACUGCUAAAGCUGAUUGGAUUUUCCACUUUCUUCACCUUUGUGACUGCAGCUGGGUUAUUUGCCUGUAAAAAGGGAUUGCUAGUUCGAAACUGAAAAAGCUGUGUCUUGCUGUGAUGAUGCUGUGGAGCUUAUCGCCACCAUGGGAUUAAAAAGAAGGAUUUGCUGCUGCUUUCUCGGCAUCUUCCACAUAAAAGGAAUAUAUGGCACUUCGUGCAUGUGGAUGCCAGUGUGAUGAGAACAUUGAUAAAUGUACGUAGAGAAUCAAGAUGCUUCCCCAUGGGUGGAGGGAAGUGUUAGCAGUGGCUUGCAUUUUUUGAAAUUCCUUUGUGCCAACCCUUCAAAGAGAGGAAUGAAGUCUGGUUUAAUGGGUAACCAGUCAUGAUAUAUUAUUAAUUUCUUAACAUGUUUGAUGAGAAAUCUGCUGUCAUGAAAGUUCCAGCUGUUUACCAGCUUCAUAAAAUGUAUUAUAGAACAACCAUGGAAAUAAUCGUAUUGUCUCUUAUGAACUGAUUUGUGUUAUCAUGCAUAUUUUGUAAGGCUCUUAGGAGUUCUGAUAGCAACUGUAUAUCACAAGGAAUGUUGGGUAAUGGCAUGAAAAUCUGUGUUAACCAAAGUGCUUGAAAGCUAACUGUAUGAACUACAAUAACAAGGAGGUGAGAGAUCUGAGGCAGCCCCUUGUCUUUCCUUUAACUACUGUGGUUUUUUUCUCAAUACUGAUUUUGACUCCAAAUAGCACAUCUACUGUCAGUACAACAGUAGAUGUUUGUAAAAGAUGUAUUAAUUACAAUUAAGUAUAUGCCUGAGCAUUGUCCAUCACUGAAACCCAAGGUCUGGAAUCGCUUUUGUGGGACUGUUGUUUCACUAAGGUAAAAUUUACAAAAGUGCAGAAAUUUUAGGUUUUUUUUUUUUUUGGAGACAUGAAAGAAAAAUAUUUUUGAGGAAGAGGAAAUUGCAUGUUCUCCAAAGGUACUUGGGUGCAAAAGGAAGCCAGGGUGAAAUGACAACAGAUCUGCCCCUGCUCUCAGGCAAGAAGCAAAGCCAUUUAAAUUGCAGAUUGCAAAUACUCACAAAUAAACCUGACCUGCAUUUAAAUGAACUAACAUUACCUCCCCCAUCUCCAUGACCUUAUGGUCACCUUGAUCUUACAAUCUGUUAUUCAAUAGAGAUAAAAAUGCGACAGCCAAAGCAGUCUUGCUUUCGAAGUAUCUCUGCAGUCAAGUUGUUUAGCCGUUGUCAUAGGCUGCCGCUUAUAGCGUGUCUCCUGUGGUCAUGUACAGGUCAGUGUUCAGUGAUGCCUGCCUCUGUGUUUUGGAAAAAAAAGAGUGACUUCACUGUGCAGGAAUAUAUAUACUGUGUGUGUGAUGAAUUUGUGCCUUUUAUAACUGUAGCAUAUUCUCAAGUGCCUCUGUGGUGACUGUCUCCCUUGGUUUCCUUCUUAAGCUCCUUUUUCAAUAGACUGCAGAUAUUUUUAUCUGACAGCUGUGAACUUUUUUUAACCUUAAUUAGAAUCAAUAAAUAUUGUCAUGUCACA